AUGAAGGUUCGUUUGUUGAAAACUGGGCGACCUCGAGAGGGAGGGCAAACAUAUAGCAUCCCGUUCAGGCCCAGUGAGAAUGAGACACAGCCGGUUUUGCCGCAUAGUGGGCAGAUACGGCUAUGUCGGCGUAACUUUUUCAUGAAAUGCUUUCUCGACAAACGAAUGUUCAUGAAGGACGCGAUAACGGCGACGUUUUUUCACGGAAGUACGGUCGAGACGGCGGAAUAA